ACGUCAGCGUACCAAAAUCGCGAUGCAGGCAAACGGACGGUACCUUCUUCUUCAGAGCUGAUGUAGUCGUCCUGUCUGUUGGAAAUCAGCGAAUGAAACACAGAAGAGAAGACAUACUCAUUCAAAGUAUAGCCACGCGAUGCGUUCGAAUAACCUCUCCUCAAGUCUAAAGAACCGCGUGGUCGGGAAGUUGAUCUGUGACAAAUAAGUCAGAUAACGGAGAAAUCAUCCACGCACUUGGUUUGCUGUAUUUUUCCUAAAUUACCGCCGAUAAAAUUUAAGUCCAUCGUCGUCAAAGUUGAGGAUCUUUGAAGAUGCCAAAGCUGUCAAAGUCGUGGUGUCUCUACGGCCAAGUCGCUGAGGUCAUAAGAGGAUACUGCAGCGUAUGAAGUACAAACUAUAGAGAGUUAUACAGCUCAUUUCUGUAUACUAGCUAUAUCUCGUCUUCUCUUCGUACGACGACCAUGAGUAAUAUCCCACUCGAUGAGAUUAUUAGCAACAUAGUACAGCCAAAGUCGAACGACGUUAUUAGGUACUAUCAAAAUGAGCUUCUCAAUAUACAGAAGUCAGCUGCUGGCUGGCAACUCAUGGAAGAACUCCUCGAGCUAGAUGAUACGAUCUACAAGUUUUACGGAGCCUUAACAGCCCAAAUAAAAGCAUCAAAUGACUUCAUACAUCUUAAUGAGGACGAUAAACUCAGUUUCCAGCAAAAAAUAUUACAUUACACUAAUCAAAACAACCAAAACAAGUUGCUAUCUAAUAAGUUGCUAUCUACUCUAAUAGUGACACUCGUGAAAUCAUCGUUAAAUGACCUAUUCAGUAUCCUCAGCCAGGUGCACUUACCAGACUCAUUCAAGUUGGCCGUCGUCUUGGAGGAUCUCGUAAGGUUGGAAUUCAGCAAAGAGCAAACACAACAGUUACGCCAGCAGUUGCUUUCCAACAAAGACUAUAUAGAAACCACAAUACUGAGCAAUUUGGAGGAUCUGGACGCGACAACGACUUCAAUUGAGAAUUAUCUGAAGUUCAACAGUUCUCAUGAUUUCCUGGAUAGACUGUUAAAUGUGCUUUUAUCCACGAUAAACACUGAAAACUACAGUAAAGUUGCUGCAAUCGUCGAAAUACUUAUCACUUUCAAGGAUUAUUCAGUACCAGUCUCUCAACUAUUGACGUCACCUUUGACUUCUCAAGUAUGGCAGGAAUGCGUAGAAAAUGAAUCGUCCGAUGAAAAUAGUCAAGCUAUUGUCAACUUGUUGAUGUCAUUUGUCGAUAGCUAUACGGAUUUCAUCAUCAACCAGCCAACCUCUCAAACUACCCAUGGUCUUCUUCAACUAGCAUUGUCAGCAACUUCAUUCCCAGGUGUGGCGGGAAGUGAUGAAACUAUAUCCGAAAGUUCGCUCGACAUCUGGUUCCAACUUCAGGAUACCCUCUCAGAUGACCCUACAAAUAUCGAGCAUUUCAAGGACUACUUUACCCAACUCUCUUAUAUUCUUCUUACAAAGAGCGUAUUUCCAAGUUCAAUUGCUCAGAACCAACUCGCGAGAGAUCAAUUCUUAAGUUAUAGGCAGGUAGUUGGUGAUACCUUCAUUUAUUCAUACUACGUACUGAGGAACGGCUUGAUUGAAAUACUUUAUAAUACUUUGAAUAAUGUCUUACAAUCAUCUGAACAAGUAGAGUCAACAUUAUUUGCAUUCAAGUCGAUACAAGAGGCUCUACCGGAGGAUGAUAGUGCAGUUAAUAGGCUUUUCAAUCCACAAUUUAUUGAUAUUGUCUCUUCUCACAGCCAGCGUACCCAAAGAACACUCUUGAUUGUUAUAGACGAGUACUCGCCUCAAAUAAGCAACCAUCCGUCAGUCUUACCACCCCUGUUGAACUUUGUUGUGUCGAAGCUAUCCGACAUAGAGCUAGCUACUCCUGCAGCAAAUGCCCUGAGGAGUCUAUGUGGUGAUUGUAAACAGCAUCUCAUACAAGAAAUUGGUGCAUUUGGAGAAUUACACACUAAUUUAUCGACAACUGUACCCGUCAUGGAAAGAUCCAAAGUAAUACAAGCGAUCGUCUCUAUCGUCAAUGCGUUACCACCUUUCCAAGCUAAAGACCCGCUGAUUUCCAUGGUCAGGCCACUGAUAGAUAUAAUUUUCGCCAAUAUAGACAUAGCUAUUAAAGCAAAAGAGAGCUCACAACGCGAUGAUGUUUUGAUAGCGCUAGACAACCUCCUGGCUGUUUCCAAAGGAUUGGUAAACUACGACGAGGAUGUCAACCAAAAUGCUAUUGAUGUUGUUGGAAAUGAUGAAGCAGUUACACAACUGAGAAAACAAUUAAUUGAAAUAGGUGCAAAGAUUGCUAUGGAAGGCACCUCCGAUUCCGAUCUUUCUACUAUUUAUGGAGAUAUAGUGAAAAGUCUAACGAUAUCACCUACGCAACCGACACUUCUCACACCAAGUAUAGAUGAUCUCUUAAAUGUCGCAGGAAUGGCCCUAUCGACACUCAUACCGUCAUCAAUCUGGUUGAGUUUGUCUACGUCGUUGAUAAACAGAUCUAAACUGAUUAUCGAUGAAAAACCACAUACGAGAGAUGCUCUCGUAUCAAUAAUAUUGCAACUUGUUACUAUAGCUUGGAGUGGUAUAUCGAAAACACUAACCGAUGAAUUGAAAAUGCAAGAUCACCCAGAUCUCACGUCAACCUUCUUCGGUUUGUUGACAAUGUUGACGAAAACACUUCCAAUUGCAUUCCUUCAAUUAAAUGGAACUGUUCUGGAAGGUUUGCUGACAUUCUCCACCGUUGCUCUCAAAAUACCUGAGAGACAUUCUUUGAGAUCAGCAGCUGACUUUGUUGCUAGUGUUAUCUUCCAGACACGGAAUCUACCACCGAUGGAGCAAGGUAUUGUUGAUAAUCUUCUAAAGCAAUAUGGUGCACCUAUGGUUAGAAUUAGUUUAAUUGGUGCUGCACACAAUGCUCCUCGCUCACAAGUACCUAUACUAGGCGAGAUUGUUUUCCUUUUCGUCGUCAAACUCUCCAGCCAAUCUGAAAGAUGGGUCGAGGCGGCAGUGCUCGAACCAUUAGACGUCUACUCAAGAGCUUCUCUUCAGGAUAAAGAAAAGUUAGCCAAGACUAUAAAUGCCGCACGUACGGCAAGACGUGUAAAAGAGGCUUGCAGUGAAUUCGCGGGUAUCUGCAGAGGUACACAAGGUUCAGCAUUCGGAAUGGCCGUAUCAGCAAUUUAAAAAGUAUCCAUCUAUGUAAUAAUUUAUUAAUAUUGUAAUAACGC